GGCUGAUCAAAAAGUACGAAAAUCCAUGAAUUUUCUAACUCUAGGUAUGAAGGGGUACAACAAUUUACCAUGUAAGGGUAUUCAGGGAUCAAAGAGAUUUCACUCUACAUGUCUGCUGAGAUCAAAGGUCCUUAACUCUGAGGGUCUCCGACAGUGGUAUAGGGAAUCCCACAUCGAAGGUCUGCAGAGAUCGGAGAUUGUACACUCUGCGGGUCCACGUAAACAUGACAAAUCACCCUACAUGUCCAAAUCAAAAGCUGUCAACUCUGCGGGUGAGCCGAAACCUGACAAUUUCUCCUCUUACAGGACCGAAGGUCUGCACAGAUCAAAGACUUGGCAAGACGAAAGCUUGAACAGAUCCCAGACUUUACAUUCUGAGUGUCUGCAGACAUCAGACGAGCUCUACUCUAACAGUUGUAAUAACUCGACCCAUCCCUCCUUUAAGGGCACACGAGGAAUCAAUCUUGUCCUUCAGAAUGCUCUUCAGGCACUCAUUCUUCUAAUUUCGAUGUUACUGAGACUGGCUGGAAAAUAUCGUCAUGUUGUCAUUCUCAUUGCUUUCCUAACCAGAGCCGGAUGUACAGAUGUUCACGUACCUAUCAAUUGCACGAGUGCAGCCGUGAUGAUAUCUCCAAAUUACCCAUCUCCAUACCAGGAAGAUGAUAACAAACAAUGGUUUGUGACCGCACCAGAAGGAAAAAUGAUCCUUCUGACCUUCAAUAACUUCAGUCUCGGGUCUUCCGGUGACGUAAAGGUUAUAGAAAAAGGCAGCGAUAGAAAAAGGCAGCGCUACAUUGGAGAGGAAAACACUUUUCCUCCAUUUUUGUCCAGGAGAAACAGCUUACUUUUGAGAUUUGCAUCAGAUGGAUCCCCCACAGGGAAUGGAUUCAACAUUUCCGCCUCAUGCUUCGAAUUGUCAGGUAUGGAUUCUCGAACAAUGCUUAUCAAAUGA